AUGGCGACCGGUGAGAGGCGAUCAAAUCUCAGGUUGCUCAGGACGUCAUUGAUUCUGGGCCAAGGCGACACACGCACGACUCGCCAUGGAGACUGUCUCAGACUGUGUACUUACAACGCGAGAACAGUUUUCACAGACGCUGACCUGCAUGCCCUUCUCGGAGCUGCAGAGCGUAUCAAAUUUCACGUGAUUGCUCUGCAGGAGACCAAGUGCAGAAGGAGCGACGUACGACAGAUGAAUGACUGUACGCUCGUCAUUCGUGGAGAGAAGGUUCCGUCGCGAAAUGUAGGCGGUGUUGGUUUUGUUGUGCACCCAUCUGUCGUCCAUCUCGUCGAUUCUCACGAGAUCCUGUCACCUCGUCUGGCAAUUCUUCGCCUCCGCCCUCUUCGCCAAAAACCCAUCAGUAUCAUCAACUACUACUCACCAACAUCAGCAGCUGAUGAAUCCGAAUUGGACGCGUUUUACGAGGAGCUGGAGGAAGUAGUCCGCAACGAGAAGUCCUUCUACAAAUUCGUUGUCGGAGACUUCAACGCAAAACUAGGAAAGGCCACAGAAGAGGAAUACAACAUUGGAAGAUUUGCUCUAGAGGACCGGAAUGAAAAUGACAAUCGUCUCGCCGGGCUGUUGUCCGCCGCUCGCCUCUUUCAUGGGAACUAUCUUUUCAUGAAAAAAGAUCAUCGUCGGUGGACAUGGGAAUCGCCCAAAUGGCGCGACUCGUGCGGAGAUCUCAGUAGUACCAUCCUUUUGUAG